UGCAGUGCUCUCAGAAACUGAGCUGCUCUCUGGUUUCAUUUAGCUUAUAGCCAAUUUGAAUUAACAUUUGAAAUGUUACAGAAAUGCUUUUAUAUGGUUUGGCUUCUGUUAUUAUUUGGGUUGAGCAGCAGCGGAGAGCUGAAGGACCGUCAUCCAGAGCUUUCUGAUCAGGAGCUUUUCUGGGGAGCCGAUCAAUAUGACUUUUCCAUCAUGCUGCGUGCUGGAGACCUCCAGUGCUACUGGCACUUUGCUCACUUCGGCGAGCGCUUCUACUUAAACUUCAUGGUGCAGUUGGUGACUGGUGUGGCUCUGGACAGACAUCUCUCUGUGACCGUUAAUGCUCCGAGCGGUUUAAUAGUCGGCACAGUUGACGAUGCAAGUGGUCAGAUUGCCUUUAGUGUUAAGGAGACUGGUUUUUAUCAGAUGUGCUUCAGUAAUUUCCACAAUCGCUUUGGGAGCAUGCAGGUUUUCUUGAACUUCGGUGUGUAUUACGAGGGACAAAAGGACAUUGAGAAACAAAGGGAAGAAGAGAAGAAAAAGAAAGAAGAGGAUAUGAAACAGAUAAAUAGUACAUUGUCCUUCAUUGAGGAAAGCAGCAGCAGGCUGCAGAGGUUUGUCUUCCACAUGUGGCGUCAUUAUAACUACGAGCGAAUGAGACGUGGUGCUGAUUUCUACCUGCUUCAGUCCAACUCCACUUAUGUGAAGAGCUGGUCUGCUAUCCAGAGUCUGGUCAUCAUCACAGCUGGAUACCUGCAGCUCUACUGCCUCAAGAGACUCUUCAACACCAAACCAGCAGAGGGAGACAAACCCCGCUGUUAAACAUCAGCACAAAACCAGCAGAGGGAGACAAACCCCGCUGUUAAACAUCAGCACCAAACCAGCAGAGGGAGACAAACCCCGCUGUUAACAUCAACACCAAACCAGCAGAGGGAGACAAACCCCGCUGUUAAACAUCAACAUCAGACCUGUCUGUUUCUUCAUAAUAUAGCCAUACAGGGGUCUUUUGAACACUUUUAUGAACCAAGAAUGAAUUAAAAGCAAA